UCCGCGGCCUGAGCCUUAGUGGGCAGGAGAAGAAGUGCCUGGAGGGACUCGUGGCUGCGGGAUCCCCCCCGCGCACUCCUUUGUGCGUACUGGUGUAUGCGCGUGGUGUGCAAGGAUUCUGUGUGUUUGUGUGCAAGCGCGAGCUCCUGAGGUCCUCAGAGACGGUGAGGGCUCCGUCACCUGAAAUUCCGGACCCUUCCUGGCGAUUCUGCGAUUGUUUACAGCCACUAACGGUCUGGUCUUGCGGGCGAAGCGACUCAGCUGCGUUGCCCACCUUCGAGUCCAGGGAAGUGCUCCCAAGUGCCACGGUGGGGAGGUUAGGCCUGUUGGAUUGGCGUGUCCGGGUCCCGCCCUGAGUCCGACCCAGAGAUCCCGAGACAUGGGGCAGGGGGUGAAGGAGGGUGAGCGCGGGGAUGGGAUGGGCCCUGCGGGUCUGGCUGGAAACCAGCCCUUCCUAAACGCAAAAACGAAGAUCGGCUUGCGGGCCUGAUGUGGAGCGAUCUGUUCUCUCCUCCUCUGCUGCCCAACUCCGAGCUCCACCUGGAGGAUCGCCAACCCCUCCCGCCUCGGGCCAUCCCUAGGCUCCGGAGCGGGAGGCGGGAGGUCCGAGUAUCUGGGGAACGCAAGGCGGGACGGGGCCUCAAACUGCGACAAGUGCGACCUUUUGUUCAGACUCGACUCUCAGAUGGCGGCGCGCGCUUAAGUGCGAAACUCUUGGGGACGGGAGGUCUUGUCAAAUGUGCAAGUCGGAAACUCCGAAAGGGCCGAGGGCUACCCAAGUACCUGGAGGGACGGGGGCGCCGACCGCACCUGCCGGGCGGCGGGGAGCUGGCGGGUUGCUUGGGGCCCCUUGGGGCCGCGCAGUGCCCCUUCCUCCCGCGCCGCAUUCCGCGAGUUCCUUCGCCCGCGGCGGGUCUUGGCCUCCGAAGUCCAGAGGCGUUUCGGACCCGGGCUAUCAAAGAGCCACCCCUUUCCCUGUCGGCGCCCGUGGCCCCCCUCCCUCCUGCCCUCUCCAGAUCCGCUCACUGGAGAGGAAGGGAGAUGGGGCGGGAGGCGCGGCGGAAACCUCUCCCCGCCGCCCCUGCCAAAAAGCACAACACUGCCCAGUGCCGGCGGGCCAGGCUUGCCCCCGUGAACAGCGGGGGACUUUGUUCUCGGCAGUUGUUUCCUGGCCAUUUGACCUGUCAGCUGCUGGGGAAAUGCUGCUGUUGACCUUUGGUUGAACUACUAAGGCGAUUUUGCUGAUUUUUCUUUCUCUACGAGGGCGGCCUUUGGCACCUCAGAUUAAACCAAACGCUCCUCCCUUCUCCUCCCAGCGCUUUAAGAGAAAGUGCCAGGAAGAGCCUUGCACCGGAAGGACCGCUAAGCCCGGCGAGCUGGGCGCAGGGGGCCCGGGGCCCCCGCCUGCCCUGGCGCCGAGCUGUGUCGGGAGCCACGCGGCCCCGGACCGGGUAGAGCGCCGGGCUGGGGUCCGGGCUGUUGACGCACGCUUCCUGCACUCCCUUGCAUGAUGCCGGCGUGCCGGCGCUCAUGGGGACGAGGAGAGAAACGUCUCUGGGACCAAAGUCCCUUCGAGUGGCAGGGGCUGGCCGGGGUGUUCUCCGUGCCGCGCUGACCUCGAUCGCUCCUGAUUUGGAGCCCAAUCGCGCGCCUGCCUGCGCGGGCCCUGAACACAGGACCCUUCUCGAGGUAGGGCAGACGCACGUGGGGUCUGGGUUCGUUCUGUUUUGUUUUUCUUCCUGGAAGAAAUCCGGAGAGGACCGCCCUAGGGUUUCCGGGCGCGCAGACACUUAGGCCCCGCUCCCGGGGAGAGAGACAGAUUUUUAAGGCUUCCGCCUCGGGCUCCUGGCACCUCCCUGGUUCCCCCGAAUUCCGCCGGGAGAGCCCGGAGCCAGACCUGUACCGAGAGCCGCCCUGCGGACCGGCCGCCCGGCGCAAGGCAGAUGCUAAUGUGAAGGCUGCGUUGGACGGGCACCCUCUGGGUAAAAAGGUAAAACGACAGUCCCCUGGCGGUUGGCGAGGUGCCUGGCCCACGGAAAAGGCGUGUUUUAAGGGCUGUUUCCUCCCGAGGCCUGCACUGCCUCCUGUUGUCUGACCUGGUGCGGGCAGGGAGGACGGCCCGCUGCCUCUCAAAGUCCGCAUCCUCUGAGCCGGAAAGUGUCUAGGCCUGGACCGAGCUUCUCUCUCUCCAGGAACAGGCCCCCCGGGAGGAGCCAGGAGAGGUUCAGCUGGGUUUUUCUGAGCAAAGGGGGCCUACCUUUGGAAGCAGCCGCCUAAAAUUCACAGAGUUUGGGCUGGGGGGGGGGCUCCUUCCAGCUUGUUCUGCAAUGGUGGUAGAACUUCUUUGAGGUUAACUGGGUCCUAUUCUAUUCAACUUGAGUAUUUUCAUUUAUGUGCUAAGCAGAGGCGGUCUCCACACAGGUCCUGUUUCUUCUUGCCUUCUACUGGAAAGGCAUCCCUAAUGAGGGCAGAAGGAAAUGGGCGUGGUCUGCUCCCCCAGCGCUGCGGGAACGUGCCUCAGGGGGAGGACAGCCAUGCCUCCUGCACUCCCAUCCCUUGGAGAAGUGGAAUGGCAGGAAAUGUGGGCUCAUGGGCAGGGGGGAGCUGGGGACGGGGAACUAAAGGGAAACGGGGAGACAAGCCCCUUAGAUUAUCUUUAGUAAAUGCCUUAACUGAUUACGGGUUGGGUAAUUUUUUUCCCACCGGAGUUGUUCCUUUAUUUUGCAGCCAAUGGGCCUUCCUGGGCGUCUCAUUUCAUGUGCAGUGGUGGGUGUGGAAUAAAAGUGGUCAGACAUUAAGCCAAUGGAAGACUGAUUGUUGGUGUCUGCCGUCCUGGAGGGAGAGUAAAAACAGCUGGGCAUUUUCAGAAGCUCUAUUACCCUUCCUGGCCACAGGCUAUCUAAUUCUACCAAUUAAUUGCAUUUUUAAAGGCCGAUUUUCCCAUUUCUGCCACUUUGAGGGCAGGAAGUUGGUUACUCAUUGCAGGCAGUUAAUAACUAAUACUACAGACAAGAAUUCAUAGUUAAGAGUAAACUUUACUUUCUAUCAAUGAAAUACUAUCUGGCCUUUACAUUUCCUAAUAUUACCCAAGGUUUGCUAAAAUCAGUAACCCAAAUCACUACAUUUUCUGGUCUUUUGGCUAGUAAAAGCUUCCCAUUGGGAUAAACUUUUUUUUAAGCUCAUUUUAUUUAAAAUCCUGUAAGACAUUUUUAGGGACAGUUUAGAAAGUUUAGCUUUUCAGAUUUUAUUACAGUACACGUCUCCUUUGAAAUUCCUUUCUCGCUCCUCAUAGAUCCUUGGAAUAGGGUUUUAGACAACCGCUCCCACCCCAUCCACCCUGGGUCAAUAGAGAAAGACAAAAAGAGCAUUUUCUUACCCUAACAGAAGUCUUCCUUUACCUCCCACAGUCUCCAAAUCAAUCAGUCUGUUUUGCAGAAGAUGUCAGGUGGCUAUGAGAGGUUUUCCUCCGAGUACCCCGAAUUCUGUUCCAAAACCAAGGCCCUGGCAGCCAUCCCACCUGCUGUGCCCCCAAGCACGGCCGAGUCCUUGGACCUGGGCUGCAGCUCCUGCGGCACCCCACUGCACGACCAGGGGGGUCCCGUGGAGAUCCUUCCCUUCCUCUACCUCGGCAGCGCCUAUCACGCAGCCCGGCGAGACAUGCUGGACGCCCUGGGGAUCACAGCCUUGCUGAACGUCUCCUCUGACUGCCCGAACCACUUUGAAGGACAUUACCAGUACAAGUGCAUCCCGGUGGAGGACAGCCACAAGGCCGACAUCAGCUCCUGGUUCAUGGUGGCCAUCGAGUACAUCGAUGCGGUGAAGGACUGCCGCGGGCGCGUGCUGGUGCACUGCCAGGCCGGCAUCUCGCGCUCGGCCACCAUCUGCCUGGCCUACCUGAUGAUGAAGAAGCGCGUGAGGCUCGAGGAGGCCUUCGAGUUCGUGAAGCAGCGGCGGAGCAUCAUCUCGCCCAACUUCAGCUUCAUGGGGCAGCUGUUGCAGUUCGAGUCGCAGGUGCUGGCCACGUCCUGCGCGGUGGAGGCCGCCAGCCCGUCGGGGCCGCUGCGCGAGCGGGGCAAGGCCACUCCCACCCCUACGUCGCAGUUCGUCUUCAGCUUCCCGGUCUCCGUCGGGGGGCACCCGGCGCCCAGCAGCCUGCCCUAUCUGCACAGCCCCAUCACCACCUCCCCCAGCUGUUAGAGCCUCUCGAAUCCUCCCUCCCCUACACCCAUCGGCUCUCAGCACGGGUUGGGUGGCGCCCUGUGCGGGCAGCAGGUCGGGACUGGCCCGCAGGGGGCGACAGAGCUCCUUCCAUCCAUCUCUCUUUGGCCAACGGGGGGCCAGCUAGAAUGGCAAUAAGGACUUCGAAUAUAUAUUUAACGCAAACAAACACAACACUCCAACUUAGAGCAAUAAUGUCUUCCUCGGCAGGCAGGGAAGACCUGGGUUUUGGUUUGUGCGUCAGUUUUACUUUUCAGAUAGGAAUUUCUUACCUCAUUUUUUUCAGCAGUAAGGCUUGAAGUUAGGAAACCCGCAGAUCCUGGCAAAUGUGCCCACCCAGUUCUGUUGAGGGGGAGGGGAAGGGAGGGAGGGGAGGGAAAGGGACAAGAUAAAAACAGGUUCGCCAGAAGUGCCUGGUUCUGUGUGCUCGGUCCUUUUGUUGUUGUUGUAGUUACAGGAUUUUUUUUUUUUUUUUUUAAAGAAAUCUUUUAGGACAUGGUUUUCCUUUCUAAGUCACCACCAACAGGUGAAUAAUUAUGCUUAAUAAUAAAUAAAAGUAUUUAUUAAGAAUUUCCUCAGAGUAUGUAAGUACAAAGAGUCUAGUGAUGGUGAAUUUAGAAUAUAUUUAUGUUAACGUGGAUCAGCAGAGCACAAUAGCAUGCAGACGUCAAAGCAGUUAGGAAGUAAGUGGUGUGUACAAGUUAGCAUGAUGAUCAGCUUGCGUUUGUUACCGCUGAGAAGGGGUCGGGGGGGGUGGGAGGAGGAAGAAAGGAAGGGACUACUUUUUCAUUACAGCCUCCCUCGGUAUCUGCCGGGGAUUGGUUCCAGCACCCCUUCCCUCCAUCGCGGAUACCCAAAUCCGUGGAUGCGUAAAUCCGCUGAUUCUUGCAUCCGCGGAUACUGCGUCCGCGCAUACUGCAUCCGCGAAUACGGAUUCUUGGUUCUUGGGCACAUGGGCCACUGAAGCGAUUUGAAACCACAACAAUAGAACCGUUUCUGGUGAUCAAUAACUCACUGUGGCGGUGGAAGCAUUUUUCUCAUAGACCUGCCUGAGAACUUGUAUAUCAUCUGUGAUAAAUGCCAUAUCAUAUAAGGUGCUCGUAAAAUAAAUUGGGCGCAAUUCAGCUUUUCCUGCAGUGAAUCAUUUGGCAAGGCCAUUGGGGAACCCAGCUAAGAGAGAUAGACCCGAAAUGGAUCCUUUUGGAAGUGGAAGCACCAUCUUUUUUCUCUUUUACAUAAAUCAGAGUUUUUAAUUUUAGGGGGUUUGCUUGGAAUGAAGUACACCAACAAAUUCUUGGGUUCUUAAAAUUCGUGGUGUCGGUGAAUAUUUUUAAAGUGAAUAGGUGAAUAAAAAGAAGGGAGUGGACACCCUAUUUCAGGUCCCUUGGAAGUCUAGGACAGCAAGAGAGAGUGAGUGAAGAGUCGGGCAGACUCUGUGGGGGAGCUGGCUGCUUGGCUUCUGUGACAGGCAUCCAGGGCACUUGUGUGCCAUCUUAGAAUCCUUUCUUGGGAUACUGCCAUUUUCAGGGCCCUUUCCAGAUGGAGGAAUGGCUUUUGGAGAAAGAAGGAGAUGGGUUGGGCUUGGGGGAGGGAGGACGGGACAAACUACGUGUUAUUUAAUUUGUAGUAUCGUGGAACAGUGUUGUUACCCAGUACCAGGUUAGAGGUAAUUCCAAACUUGUCUAGAAGCGAGAGCAUGCUUUUCGGUUUUGUUUUUUGGGUUCUUUUUAGUCUUCUGAGGAUCUAAGUGAUGCACAUUCCUGCUCACCCAUAAAUAACUUCAAGCCUCAAGGUUGGAAUAGUGUUGGAAUGCUCCUUCUCAGCCCCACAUCCCAGACAGGACCAGGUUCCUUACAUUUCCUUCCAUAAACAUGAGCCUGUGUUGGCAUCAUUUGUCCUGCCUUUCCCAAGCCCUGUCUGAAAAAGCGUGGGUUCCCACAAGCAGAUAGGCCCGCAGGAGGGACUGCUUGAGAGAGGAGGGAAAGUAGCUUUUUACAGAAUGAGUGUACAUUGGCCAAAACUUGUGUAUCCUGCUUUCCCAGACUGGAUCCCAACCACACGGUCGGAACCCAGGACCUGCGCCAGACUGGUCUUUUCCCUGUUUUCCAAUUCAAGUCUUCUGUCACAGCGUCAAACCACUAUUUAUAAAGCCAUUUUCUUUGUACCCAAUAGCAGCCCCAAAACUCUUAGAAAUCAAAUAGGAAAUUGGCUUGAUUGGAAACAGGGACUUGGGUCACUAUUCCCCCAUCAGAAGCCUCUUUGAUGACUUGGAAUAACUGUAAUGAAGACAGCACCGCAGGGUCUGUCCAAAUGGCCAGUGGGUUUCAACAGGUGUCUCCCCAUGGAGUGAUUUCUGGUGACGCGAAAUAUGUGUCAUGGGUGGAAAGCAUUGCCACUUACACCGAAGAUCAACUGUGCUGUUGACAAAGGCAGUAGGCACUCUGGAUCUUCCGUAGAGACUGGAGAAUGCUGCCGGUUCCCUCCCGGCAUCUCUGUGUGACCCAAGUGUGUUCGUGGAGCUUCCCCCAGCAGUAUUCGGCUGAAGCCGCCUGUGAGCCGGUGGCCGGGAGCUCCCAGCCUCAGUUGUGGCCUCCUGAGACCAUUUUCCUCAGUUACCCAUCCUAGCUCGAUUCCAGAGAGUUACCCAAAAGGUUGGGAAGCCAUGAGAAAAAACGUAGAAUCCACGGGAAGAUGGGCAGAGGGAGGUGGGACGGGUGAUUCAAAUGUGAGGGGAAGGGGCUGUGAGAUUGGAGGGGCCGCCAAGCCUUUAGUUGGUAAAGUGGUGGUUCGCCCUGGCUGCCCGUCAGCCUCAGCUGGGGAGCUUUGAAACCCUGCUACCGGGCGAUCCCAGACCAAGUACAGCAGGAUUUCUGGAGGAGGAACCCAGGCAUCAGUAGGUUUCAAAGCUCCCCAGGUGCUUUCCGUGUGUAACCAAGUUUGGGAAGCUACUUUCUGGAUGGCAAGGUGCUCUUGGAGGCUGGGUCUUGAUAACACAGAGCUGGCUUGUCUGGCAGAAGCCACAGCCAGGGGUUUGUCACUAGUUCAGUGUGGUCUCAUGGUCAGUCCCCUCAGCUCUGCUGAGGGACAAGAUGGUUUCUGUCAGGAGCUCAGGGGCCACGUGACCUCCUGAACGAGGGGCCCUUUCAGGCCCCUUGAAAGCCAGCUGAUGUGCGGAGCCUUGUUAGGAAACCGAAUACAGUGUCUGGAUGUCGAUGUUCUUCCCUGAAAUUUCCCCUGUCUGUCGAGAAGGAUGGAGAGUGCCACCUCUUUGAAGAGGACCCUGCCCUUCCUUAGAGUUUAUGAGUCCUAGGAGAAAGAGGCUUCUUUAAGACAGAGCAAUGCAAUACUUGUAACUUCUGUAAAUAGCCCCAUCUUUCAGAGUGACGUCAUUUCUACAUUUGAUAUGCUUGUUUUUCUGUAGGAUGUAUAUAGUCUAGGGGAUUUUUUGUUUGGUUUUGUUUUUUAGAUAAGUCAAACAUGUCAGUUUUUAUUUAUUGCUUGAAAAAAAGAUCAUUUGAAGAAAAAUAAAUACAUUUUCAACCACCUCUGGCUUGGUUCAUCCUU